GAACAAACAAGAACAUUGCAACUUUAAUGGUAUCAAGAAAUUCACUCAAGGGAUCUUUGUGUAUUGUUAUAGUACAGUCAAAUUGCUUUGGAAUAGAUGCUGUUAGAAAUCAAAAACCUACUAAAUCUAAAAAUAUUUUUUUUGCUUAUGUUAAUAUGACUAAAAAAAUUGGGAAUCAUUCAAAUUCACAAUUUUACAUAGAACUAAUUGUUACAAAAAAGACUGAAAAUAUUCCGAAUGGAACACAUAUUCACUUGAUGGAUAUUUUUUAUUUACACUCAGAACUACGUUUAUUUCAAGCUAUCCAUAAUGUGACAAAAUCUUCACUAUGCAAGGCACUCAUCACUCCACAAUUUCAUAAUUACUCUAUUGAUUCUUCUAAAGCAAUUUCUAAAAGCUUUAACAUAAAUAGUUUAUUAUUGAAUAAUAGUCAAAAAGAAGCUGUGAAAAUGGCUGUAACAAUUUGUAAUUCUGUUGAACCAAAUGUUGGUUUGAUAAUUGGACCUCCUGGUACAGGAAAGACAAAUGUUAUCUGUAAUAUUAUUUUAACUUUAAUGUCCAAACAAUUGGCCAAGACUAAACCUAAACUUCUWAUAUGUGCACCUUCUAAUGAAGCUGCUGAUGUAAUAGUAAGACGAAUAAUAGAAAUUAAAAAGGAUUUAAAAUAUGAAUCACAAUUUAAUGUGGUACGAGUGGGUAGUGGACAAAAAUAUGAUCCAAAUUCUCCUAUUGUCAAUGUUAUGCUGGAUACUGUGAUCAAACAAAAAAUGGGAAAUCUUUCAAAUGAAGCUGAUCAACAAGGUCAAUCAAACAAUUUGUUCAUGUAUACCAAUAAGAAAGAUCUUGAAAAUGAAGUACUUAUAAAUACUGAAGUUAUUGUGACAACAUUAAACUCCUGUUUUUCCAAAACAAUGGAGGAGGCCUUCAAGCCCUCAAAUCCUAA